AUGUUUACCAAACGCUCUUUAUCGCUAAUUUGUCCCUUGAUACGACCAAUAGCCAUCAGGUCGUUUUCUUCGAUAGCGUUGACUUACCGAAAUAAUUGCAGAAUUUCAUGUAUCCAGUUAGCUAAAUAUGCAACCCUUCCAACGGUUCAUGUUUCAUCUCACUCCGAUUUGACUCCCGUCGAAUUCGAGCGUCAAAGCGAACACACAUUGCAGUAUCUAAAUACCUUCAUUGAAGAUCUUUCUGAUAAAUUUGAACUUGGAGAAGAUUUUGACGUCUCUUAUUCUGGUGGAGUUCUGACAAUUACCUUUGGAUUUUCUAACGGAACUUAUGUCUUAAAUAAACAAACCCCGAACAAGCAAAUUUGGUUGUCCUCGCCUAAAAGCGGCCCGAAGCGUUUUGAUUACGAUGUGGCAACACACUCCUGGAUAUACCGAAAUGAUAGUACUGACCUAUUCCAUCUUCUUUCGGAAGAAAUCUCAGAAAUUCUCAAAUCUUCUGUUGUCAUUAAAAACCCUCUGUUUGAUUCAUAA